GCUAUGACGUCACCGUCAGGUACACGGAUUAAAAAUGGCCCCUUCUCAUACGUUGAAGUGCUGUAAACGGGCUCUGAACUGGGUACCUGUCCUGUUUAUUAACAUGGUUGUCGCCUGGUCUUAUUACGCCUAUGUGGUGGAACUCUGUGUGUAUACAAUCCCAAAUAAUGCGGAACGAAUUAGCUAUUUGGUCCUCUUUCACAUUUUCCUUGCCAUGUUCAUAUGGUCUUACUGGAAAACCAUCUGGUCCAAACCAUCUAGUCCUUCAGUAGCAUUUGCUUUGCCGCGAGCAGAGAGGGAACUGUACGAGAAGGAGCAGCGAGCCGAGGUGCAGCAGGAGAUCCUGAAGAAAGCGGCCAGGACUCUACCUGUGUACACACGCACGGCUGGAGGAGCCGUCAGGUACUGCGACUUCUGUCAAGUCAUCAAACCGGAUCGCUGCCACCACUGCUCAACGUGUGAAAUGUGUGUGCUGAAAAUGGACCAUCACUGCCCCUGGGUGAAUAACUGUGUUGGGUUUUCAAACUACAAGUUCUUCAUUCUGUUCUUGGCCUACGCGACGCUCUACUGUGUUGUCAUCUGUGCAACAGUUGUGCAGUAUUUCAUCAAAUUCUGGACAAAACAACUUCCCGACACACAUGCCAAAUUCCACAUCUUGUUUCUGUUUUUCGUGGCAGCCCUCUUCUUCAUUAGCAUCGUGUCACUUUAUAGCUACCACAUGUGGCUCGUGGGGAAGAACAGAACCACUAUAGAAGCUUUUAGAGCUCCUUUUUUUGCUAAUGGUCCAGACAAAAAUGGCUUUUCUCUUGGCUUUAAACGAAAUGUGGCCGAGGUGUUUGGAGAGCGGGCGAAGUACUGGUUCUUUCCUGUUUUCUCAAGUCAGGGGGAUGGACAUUCCUUUGUCACCAGACUGGUGCACAUAGAUCCUGAACAAGCAAACAGUGUCCUCCAGCAGAACGGAAAAAUCCCCAUGGAUGGAAAGACCAACCUCUGUGUGGUUGCUGAUGAUGUGCCUCACGCAGAGGGCAACAUCAAAGAGAAAACUGAUGGAGGCCAAAUGGUUGCUGUGACAGUAGACCGCGAGCCCUAGAAGGUCACACACACCUCUGUAAAAUAUAUGAGCUGCAUUGCCUUAAACAAGGAGCAUCAAUACCUCCAGGACCAUCCCUGGCACAUAAACAAUACUGUUGUCAUGACAACAAACUCUCUACAGCAACUUUGUAGACUGCAACAGUCUGAAGCUGAGGAGAUUUGGGAUUUUGUCUUUGUAUCUGCUAAAGACUUUAUUUUUUAUUAAUUAUUUAAUCUAAAGCAAGUCUUUGAGGCCAGUAUAUGUUUUCACCAUCCACCACAUCUGCACUUGGUAACCAGUUCAUAUGUUUCAUGAAGAGAUUCAUUCUCCCUCAGUGUUAACUAAACAUUUAAUUACUAAAGCUUCAAUCAGGGUCUGCUAGUAGAACCACUUAAGCCCAAUUUGUUUGAUAAGAUUUAAAUGAUAAGAGAGUCUAACACCAUCGUUGUCUAUAAUACGUUAUAAAUGUUUAAUUCCAAAUAUGGUGUAAUUAUCAGGGCCCGUAAUAAACUGCUGGGUGGUCUUAAAUUUAGUUUACAAUAUGUUUGGACAUUUUUAAAACUUUCUUUCUGUUUACACUUUUCAUACGUUUUUUUUUAUUUUUUAAAUGAUGAAGGAAUACUCUGAUAUUGGCUGAAAAUGUGAGCACCAAAGCUUGGAACAUUUCAGAUAUUUGAGAAGCAUAACCUGUAGUGGUGCAAAGUGAUUGAGAUUACCAUUUUUCAUUCCACUGUUUGUUUUCAUGUUUUUAUAGUACAGGGUGUAUUUAUUUGUAAGCAAAAACAAGAGAAAAAACAACUAAGACACAAUUAAAUUGGUGUCGGGAUGAACUCGGAAAGGUCGGAAGCAUUUGUUUCAAAAAGUGUCCUUGAGCCAAAACCAGGAUACACCAAGAAGAAAGGAUUUUCAUACCUCAAGUAUGUCAGCGAUAAUAAUAGUCUUUUCUGCCAGCCCUUUUUCAUGACUGCAUUCCUUUUAAUGGACAUUAUGCACAGCUCCCUAUGAGGUUUGACUGAUAAGUUCAUUGUAGACUGGUUUCUGAUGUGGAUGUAUUGGUUGUUAUUUAUUGCUAACUUUACUGACUGAAUGUUUGAAGCACAAUUUGCUAACUUGAGCUGCUAAUUUCACAUGUGUAAAUAACAGCUUUUUUCUUGUGCAAACUGUUGAUGCAGCAAUAUUCUGAUUGAUCUGUAACAAUAAAACUUAUUAAAGUCAA